CACCGACGUAGGGAGGGGGGAAAAAAGAAAACCCCCAGGGAAGAGGGAAGGGAGGCAGCGAGUGUAGGCACCGAGCAGUCUCCAACCACUGAGGCGAGAGGGAACGCGAUCUGGGGAAACAAACUCCGCAUCAAUAAUUUGAGUUUGGAGCCCAGUGCUUUCAGAGAUUCGGAGCGCACCUCCCCAGCUUCGCCCGAGUUGAGACAGGGCAGCGCAGGCAAAGGGGCGGGCAAUUCGACCGAGAGCGGCCGAACUGGCUGGUGGCACACGCUGCGCCGGGAGACACCCGCAAGAGAGCGAGCAGAGCCCGGCUCGCGGUGAGCGCUACAAGGAGGGAGCGCACCGCGCGAGCAGGCGGGAAGGGAGCGGGCCUCCGCCGAGGCCGAGGAGGCGCUGCAUGGACAGCAUGAGUUUCUCCGGGAGCCCCGGCGCGGGGCCCGCGGGGAACUCCAGCCCAUGGUGGCCUCUAGCCGCCAGCGGUGCCAACACCAGCUGGGAAGCGGAGGCGCUCGGGAAAGAUGACAGCCCGCUGGCGGACGAGCGCAACGAGGAGCUGGCCAAGCUGGAGGUCGCCGUGCUGGCCGUGAUUUUCGUGGUGGCAGUGCUGGGUAACAGCAGUGUGCUGCUGGCGCUGCACCGCACGCCUCGCAAGAUGUCCCGCAUGCACCUCUUUAUCCGCCACCUCAGCCUGGCCGACCUGGCCGUCGCUCUCUUCCAGGUGCUGCCUCAGCUGUGCUGGGACAUCACCUACCGUUUCCGCGGACCCGACGGGCUCUGCCGCGUGGUGAAGCACCUGCAGGUGUUCACCAUGUUCGCAUCGGCUUACAUGCUGGUGGUCAUGACCGCCGACCGCUACAUCGCCGUGUGCCACCCGCUGAAGACGCUGCAGCAGCCGGCGCGCCGCUCGCGCCUCAUGAUCGCUGCCGCCUGGGUGCUGAGCUUCGUGCUGAGCACUCCACAGUACUUCGUCUUCUCCGUGGUCGAAGUGAGCAACGUCACCAAGGCCUACGACUGCUGGGCCAAUUUCAUCCAGCCCUGGGGUCUCCCCGCCUACGUGACCUGGAUGACCGGCAGCAUCUUCGUGGCGCCCGUGGUCAGCCUGGGCACCUGCUACGGCUUCAUCUGCUACCACAUCUGGCGCAACGUCCGCGGAAAGACUGCGGUGCGCCAGGGCAAGGGCGCCCGCGCGGAGGGCGCAGGUGGCGCCUUCCACCAGGAGCUCCUGCUCGCGCCGUGUGUCAGCAGCGUGAAGACAAUUUCCCGCGCCAAGAUCCGCACGGUGAAGAUGACCUUCGUGAUCGUGACGGCUUACAUCGUUUGCUGGGCGCCCUUCUUCAUCAUCCAGAUGUGGUCUGUCUGGGAUAAGAAUUUCCCCUGGGUCGAGUCAGAAAACCCGGCCACCACCAUCACUGCAUUACUGGCUUCCUUGAACAGUUGCUGCAAUCCCUGGAUAUACAUGUUUUUUAGUGGCCAUCUCCUGCAAGACUGUAUCCAAAGCUUCCCAUGCUGCCAAAACAUGAAACAAAUAUUCAACAAAGAAGAUUCUGACAGUAUGAGCCGAAAACAGACUUCCUUCACUAACAACCGAAGCCCCACAAAUAGGACCGGCGUGUGGAAGGACUCAGCUAAAUCUUCCAAGUCCAUCCAAUUCAUUCCUGUUUCAUCCUGAGCAUGCAGCCUGACUCCUGUAACGGACUUUUCAGCCCACUGACUGAAUCCAGCUAGAAAUUAUUAGAACAAAUAUAAGAUAAAUCAAUCUGUUGAGUACAAGACUGUGUUUCUAGUUGCAUUUUCACAUUGCUACAAGCAAAAGCUAUGAAUUGUUUUAUACGGAAUGUUAAUAAAAACACGCUACACUAAAA